AUGUUCAAAAAAACGUUUGUAGCGCUUGCUAAAAGCAGCUCCAAGGCGCUUCCGCCGGUGAAACUUGGCUACAAAAACAUGCUCAAAGACCCAUCCAUCAAAUACAAGCCCUUCCCAGCGGUAAAUCUGCCCAACAGAAAAUGGCCCGAUCAACGAAUCACAAAAGCUCCACGUUGGCUGUCAACGGAUCUCAGAGACGGAAACCAGGCUCUCCCGGAUCCCAUGUCGGUGGAACAGAAAAAGGAGUACUUUCACAAACUUUUAGAAAUCGGAUUCAAGGAAAUCGAAGUGUCGUUCCCCUCCGCUUCGCAGACCGAUUUCGAUUUCACCCGCUAUGCGGUUGAACACGCCCCAGAAGAUGUCAGCAUCCAGUGUCUAGUGCAGUCGCGUGAACAUCUCAUCAAGAGAACCGUCGAGGCACUCUCUGGAGCUCCAAAAGCUACUAUUCACGUUUAUCUAGCCACCAGUGACAUGUUCCGCGAAAUUGUCUUCAACAUGUCCCAGGAGGAAGCCGUGGCCAAAGCCGUGGAAGCCACCAAGCUCGUACGCAAACUUACCAAGGACGACCCUGCACAACAGGCUACCCAAUGGACGUACCAGUUUUCUCCAGAAACUUUCAGUGACACAGAUCCCGCCUUUGCUGUGGAAGUCUGCGAAGCUGUAAAGGCUGCUUGGGAACCAACGGUCGAAAACCCAAUCAUUUUUAACCUUCCUGCUACUGUGGAAAUGGCUUCUCCUAACAACUACGCCGAUCAAAUCGAAUAUUUCUCAACUCACAUUUCCGAGCGUGAGAAGGUCUGUAUCUCUACUCAUGCACACAACGACCGUGGCUGCGGUGUUGCCGCCUCAGAGCUAGGUGUCAUGGCAGGUGCCGACCGUGUUGAAGGCUGUCUAUUUGGUAACGGUGAACGUACUGGUAAUGUUGACUUGGUUACUGUGGCUUUGAACAUGUACACCCAAGGUGUCAACCCAGAAUUGGACUUUUCGGACUUGAACUCGGUUGUCGAAGUUGUGGAACGUUGCAACAAGAUUCCAAUUUCUCAAAGAGCUCCAUACGGUGGUGACUUGGUUGUUUGUGCGUUCUCCGGCUCUCACCAGGAUGCUAUCAAAAAGGGUUUUGCUCUACAGGAAAAGAGACGUGCCAACGGUGACGAAGAAUGGAAGAUUCCUUACCUACCUUUGGAUCCAAAGGAUAUCGGCAGAGAUUACGAAGCCGUCAUCAGAGUCAACUCGCAAUCUGGUAAGGGUGGUGCUGCCUGGGUUAUUCUCAGAUCCCUCGGACUUGACCUACCAAGAAAUAUGCAGAUCGAAUUUUCCACUUUGGUGCAAACCAAAGCCGACUCUCUAGGAAGAGAACUAAAGGGCCAAGAAAUCACAGACCUCUUCAAGAAUACCUACAACUACAGCGGCACGAUUGGAGAAGUCACUCUUGUCGAUUACGAAGUUACGAAGUUGGACAAAGAACGCAGAGUCUUGAACGGACAAGUGCAAAUCAAGGGUAACAUCUACGACAUUCAAGGAUCUGGUAACGGUCCAAUUUCGUCUCUUGUGGAUGCCAUGUCGAACCUCUUCAACCUUAGAUUCAGUGUUUCCAACUACACAGAGCACUCUUUGGGAUCCGGCUCUUCCACCCAAGCUGCUUCGUUCAUCCACCUCAUGUACAGACGUGAGGUCGACAACGAAAACGCCUACAAAUGGGGUGUGGGUGUCUCUGAGGAUGUUGGCGAUGCUUCCAUAAAGGCUAUUCUCUCCGUCAUCAACACCAUCGUCCAAUCAGGCGAUGUGGCUUUGCCAGAACCUGCAUCUAAGGCCUCUUCUGCUUCCGCUUAG